AUGAGUGUCACUGAAGGAGAUGAACGUGCUACUGAGGUUGGACCGGAACCCAAGCUUGUGAUAAGUGAACCGAAGCGCUUCGCGAUUCUCGUAGUCGGUGUUUUCGGCUGUGUUUGUGUGUCCCUCACCUUCGGCUUCAACAUAUUCAGCGGAGAUUUGCAAGAGCGGUACCACUUCACACAGGCCGAAAUGACGACGAUCAGUACCGUUGGUCUUGUCUUAUCUUACUUUGGUCUGCCCUACGCCUUUGUGUACGACUACUUCGGUGUUUUCCCCGUAUUGGUGAUGGGUUUUGUCAUGAUGGCCACCGGUUUGCUUUUCAUGGCACUGACGUUUGGGGGUACCAUUACCGCUUCCGUUGUUCUGUUGUGCGUUUUUAAUGGCAUCUUCAACUUUGCAAGUGGCCUUUAUGACCUUGCUUGCGUGGUGACGACCCUAACUCAGUUUCCUACUGCAAAGGGUUGGAUCGUGGCGGUGAUGAAGACGUUUAUUGGUUUGGGCUCCGCCUUGCUGGGGGCAAUACAGUUAGCGUUCUUCGAGGACGACCCCACGAAUUACUUUUAUUUCCUUCUGGCGUUUGGGGCUGUCGUUGGUAUUGUUGUGAUGCUCGUGAUGCGUUCGGCUCCUUACAUAAUAACGGACUAUAUGCUCAAGCACCUAACGGAAGAGGAGAUAACGAGACGUGAGGCAACAAAGGCUGUGUAUUUAAGACAGGAGCCUCCUACCUUGCGCUUUGCUAUUGGGCUGCUCAUUAUCACUGUGCUCAUCAUUGUUCUGCCCCUACAAAGUGCCCUGAUUGCGUAUACGGAUGUGUCGCCGUUCAACCGAAAGGCCUCUACAAUAGUGUUUGUGGUUAUAUGGCUUCUGUAUCCAAUUGUUUGCCUACCGGCCAAAUGCCUGGAUAAAAGCUGGAGGUUCUGGCGUAAGGAGAGCCAGGUUUCCGCGGGGAGCAUCGAAGACCAAAGAAGGGACGACGGAUCGUCCGAGGGUGAGAUAGAUGAGCUGGACUACAUCCCACCACAGUACCAGACGCGUUUCAUUGAUAGCGUCAAGACAUUGAGGCUGUGGGCGCUCUUUUGGUCACUAUUUUGUACCCUUGGGGCUGAGUUUGUUGUCUUGAUAAACACCCGCUUCCUUUUCGCUGCCCUUGCCGGCAAAGAGAUUGAUGACUCCCUCAAUACUUUACUAACUGUGCUGAACGGUACGGGAAGCGCCGCGGGCCGUCUCAUUAUGAGCUACCUUGAGAUAUGGUCACAGAAGCGCAAGGCGGAGGAUCGUAUUCCCAUCACAGUCACACUCUUCAUACCAACAGCCGCUAUCACCAUCAUGCUUGUUCUCUUUCUCACCGUGUCCAAUGAAUACGUAUUACCGUUUGCGUUUGUUGUGGGUGCCAUUGGAAAUGGCAUCAUUGCCUCGGUGACUAUCCUUGUUGUGAACACAAUUUACGCCAAGGAUUUGGGGUUACACUACAACUACUGUUUCGUCGCCACGGCCUGCUCCACCAUACUGUACAACCGUCUCUUGUACGGGGAGUGGUAUACGUAUGAAGCUAACAAACUCGGGGUGGAGGUUUGCUUGGAGCGUGUGUGUGUUCAAAUGCCACUUCUCGUUAUGCUCGGUCUCAACUUGACUGCAUUUGGAACAAAUACAUACGUGCACUGCGAAUACCUCAAGUUGGUUCGAUCGGCACUGGAAGGCCGCCGGGUUGCAGCCGAGUCCCUCCCUAAAAAGCCGGAGGGUGCAAAUGAUAUCAAUUCCAUACGGCUUGAGUUGCCAGCGGAGACGAGUGCUGCACCUUAUGGCUCAAGGGACCGCAGGGGGACUGAGUGA